GCUAUGAAAUUCAGUGUGGAAAUUAUAUGAUUCCCUGUUCACUAAACAGGGCAAAAAGAAGUGUUAAAAGCUCUUCAAUGUUAGUUCACCUUCUCACUCUCUCUUAAAUAGCGACAACCUCUUCCAUGGAGUUUGGGAUGCACUAAUAUCUCUUUCACACUGAGGUGUUCCUGUCUCAUCCCCACCCUGCAAUACCAAUAUUGCACAGUACGUUGGAAUUGAGAGUUGGGGACAUUUGUGACGUUUAUCUCAUUGUAUUGAGGUUGGCUUUGUGGGUUGUGUACAGUGCUUAUCAAGAUUGUCCAAUGAUUACCCAUAUUUAGUUAUUAUGCAAAUUAGUGGAUAUGGAAAAUUAGAAUUCAACAUGGUUUGUAGUGAUUCUGUUGCCUGACAUGGAGUCUUGGAACUUCGUUUCAGAAGGGAAGGGGUUUGUAUCCGAUGAAACAAUAUUACCUGCAAAUUCUCUCAUGAGAAGUAAAAAUGCCUUGAUGGGUUGGGAAUUGAGAACAUGUAGUUUUGGCAAAAACAUGUUAUUCUCAGGUCAAGAAGAUGACUCCACUUCGAAGCGCUCAAGCUCUGUGGUGGACUCAAACAGCCGGGAUUCUUCUUCCAUUGAUUUGCAGCUGGGGCGGCUUCCUGAUCAGAGAGAUGCCCAUAUUUCUAAAAUUUCCAAAGGAUUUCCCAUUUUGUCUUCGUCCGAGUCGUCUAGACCUGCAAAGAGAGUGCGAGCAUCGGGGCUUUAUUCACAAAAUGCCUUCUGCCAAGUUUAUGGCUGUAACAAGGAUCUAAACGCCUCUAAAGACUACCACAAGAGGCAUAAAGUUUGUGAGAUUCACUCGAAGACAGCCAAAGUUAUCGUCAAUGGCAUUGAACAGAGGUUUUGUCAGCAGUGUAGCAGGUUUCAUUUGCUGGCUGAAUUUGAUGAUGGUAAGCGUAGCUGCCGUAAACGCCUUGCAGGCCACAAUGAGCGUCGCAGAAAGCCUCAAGUGGGUAUUCACUCUGGAAGGGCCGGGAGAUUGAUUCAGUCAUAUAAUGGUAUCAGAUAUGAGGGAAGUUCUUUAUCAACAACAUCCUUUAUUUGCCCAGAAUAUCUCCCUAGUGGCUUUUUGCAUCCUGAGAAAUAUGGAACCGGUGACUGGUGCAGGCCUAUAAAAGUUGAAGAUGGGAGUGACUAUAGGCCUCUGUCAACAAUUCCUGUUACCAAUGGGAAUCUGCAUUCAAAAUCCCUCCUCCAUCAUGAUAUUGGGAAACAGUUCACCCCAUUUCACGACAACGGAGCUAUUACUGCAACAGGAAGCACUUUUUGCGAUAAUACUAGUCAAUACACAAAUGAUGUAGGAUGCCCAACUUCUAGUUCACGUUCUCUUUUCCAGAACACCCCGUUAGCAAGUGAAGACUUCAAUGUUUUCGAUGCAGCGUCAACCGUUCAAGGAUUAUCAGGAAUUUCAGACUCCGGUUGUGCUCUCUCUCUUCUGUCAUCUCAGUCACAGAAGUCUUCAAGCCAUUCAUCUGGAAUUCCCAUGGCUCGUCCCCUGAUCAUGUCAGGUAGCCAUCCCCAUUACGGCAUGAGUCGAGUCUCUGAGAACUUCAGAGGAACAGCCUCGCAGGAUUCCUUAAGUGGAGUGUCGAAUAAGUUCCCUUCAUCAGAAAUGAAUUCUGCAGAAGAGAAUCAGCUGGGCCCCAUACUGAUAUCUGAUAGUAGUGGUGCUGUUAACUUUGAAAUCACAGAUAGGAUGUUCCAAGGGUCUGAUUGUUUGAAUUCAAACAAUCGUCAUUCCUGUGAAAAUGGACCUACCAUGGACUUGCUUCAGCUGUCAUCACAGCUCCAGCGCGUGGAGCAUCAGAGGCAAUUUGUGCAGAUGAAGCAGGAUAAUGAUGCUUUCUGUUGCCUGCGGAUCACUUAAAUGCUCAGAAAACAAGAGGCUGAAUGGUUGCACUUGUAUCCAGACAAGGGGAGAAAUGUGUCCUAGAAUGUGGCUGUCUGGAAGAAACCUACAUUGUAUCUCCCGAAGUAAGAUAGAUGGAUGUGUUUAAGCCUGACUCUGUUAAUUCAAUUAGGAAGUCAUUCUUUAGAGUGGCUAAUGGCUCCAAAAUUUAAUUGUUCACUUGUAUAUGAAUUACGUGAUUCGAUAGUCUUUGGUAACUAAAUCAAAGAAUGGAGCUAAUCUCAUUCGUGCUUGCAA